AUGCAGAUAGCUACAAAGUUUACUUUAGUAGUCUUGUCCGUGUCUUUUACUCCUGGGCUGAUUUAUGCUGGUCCAUCCACCUAUAAAACUGUUAUAGGAGAUCCCAACAAACAGAUUCGAGGAACAUAUGGAGUUGGACCUCCGUUUCCAGAUACUUCAAAAGGCCUUGUUCCUCCUGGCUCUUUUGCUCCUCCAUCAUAUGGAUACGUUCCUCCAAACGUGCCCCAAGUACCAGACACUUCAAAAGGCUUUGUUCCUCCUGGUCCUCCUGGCCUCCCUCCUCCUGGCCCUCCCGGUCUCCCUCCUCCUGGUCCUCCCGGUCUCCCUCCUGCUCCUCCGCAGUAUGGGUUUGAACCUCCUCCACGUGUGCCUCGAGUACCAGACACUCCACUCGUGCCUCAAGUACCAGACUUUCCAGAAACUCCUCUAGACCCAUAUGACCCUCAUCCACCACCUAUGAAUGACUAUGACAUUCCUCCUCCAGAUGACUCGAAUAACUUUAUUCCUCCAAUCCCUCCUCAUUCGCAUUCUACUCCAUGUCUGGACGAUCCACCACCUCCUACAUCACCUCCUAUGCCACCACCUAAACCACCUAUGAAUGAUUAUGACAUUCCUCCUAAACCACCUCACCCUCCUAUGAAUGGUUAUGACAUUCCUCCUCCAGAUGACUCGAAUCAUUUUAUUCCUCCUCCAGUUCCUUAUGAACCACAUUCUACUCCAUGCUUUGACGAUCCACCACCUCCUACAUCACCUCCUCUUCCUCCACCAUCACCUCCUAAACCAUAUAUUCCACCUCCUCCUCCUCCACCAUCACCUCCUAAACCAUAUAUUCCAUCGUCACCUCCUCCUCCACCUCCUCCUCCAUCAUCACCACCUCCUGAGCCAUAUAUUCCAUCACCACCCCCUCCUCCAUCAUCACCUCCUCCUCCUCCCCCUCCCCCAUCAUCACCUCCUCCUGAGCCAUAUAUUCCAUCACCACCUCCAAUGGGUCCUCCUCCGUCGUCACCUCCACCAAUGGGCCCUCCUCCGUCGUCACCUCCACCAAUGGGUCCUCCUCCGUCGUCACCUCCACCAAUGGGUCCUCCUCCAGAUGUCUCAAAGGGAUUUAUUCCACCACCACCACCAGGUGGUUUUGAUGGUCCUCCUCCAGAUGUCUCAAAGGGUUUUAUCCCCCCAACACCACCGAAUGGCCCACCCAUUCCACCAGAUUCUACCAUUGAAAUGCCACCACCAACUCCAACGGAAACACCCUUUUACCCUGAUGGGCCAAUCACCUCAAAUGCUAAAAAGCUUGGGAUACCUAGCGUCGGAUCUUAUUACUAUGCUUACUACUUUUCUCUGACUUAUUUAUUUAUCAUUAUUUCUGAGAUUUGA